GUGCAUCAGAAAAGGACGGGCUUAAUCUGGGAAUAAAACUGUGGAGUUGCGUAUUUGUCGAUUUAACCGCACAGAAGACCGUGCAUCCCUAAAACCUGUCACCGCAACAGAGAUUCCACAGGACUGCACAUAUAGGAGGGAUGUUGUGACUAGGAAAUAUUAAAUUGCACAUUGUCAAAUAGUUACUAAAGGCUGCAUUUCAGUGAAAUUGAAGUAUGGGUCUGCAAAGCGUGUUCCGCGCGGUAAUCAUGGGGGCCCCGGGCUCUGGGAAGGGAACUGUGUCAAGCCGGAUAGCGCAGAGUUUCGGCCUGAAGCAUCUCUCAAGUGGAGACAUGCUGAGGGCCAAUAUCGAGGCCAAGACAGAUUUGGGUCUCCUUAUGAAGUCAUGCAUUGAUCAAGGUCAGUUGGUUCCUGAUGAUGUCAUCUCUCGCCUCAUCCUGUCCAGUCUGAGGGGUCUAGAGAAGACCAGCUGGCUACUGGACGGGUUUCCUCGUACUGUAGCUCAGGCUGAGGCUCUGGAUUGUGUGUAUGAUGUGGACUCUGUAAUCAACCUGGACGUGCCUUUCCAGACUAUCAGAGAGCGACUGACAUCUCGCUGGGUGCAUCUUCCCAGCGGCAGGGUCUAUAAUAUAGAUUUUAACCCACCCAAGAAACCAGGUCUUGAUGAUGUAACAGGAGAGCCGCUGGUCCAGAGAGAUGAUGACAGUCCUGAAACUGUGUCCAGGAGACUGAAGGACUACGAGAGACAAACACAGCCAGUUCUGGAGUAUUACAGGAGUAAAGGAGUGUUGGAGACAUUUUCAGGAACCGAAACCAACAAAAUAUGGCCUCACGUUCAUACCUUCCUGAGCAGGAAGAUCCCAGGACAUAAGCAGGCCAUGGGGAAAGCCUGAUUGACGGAAAACCUCUCAGACUUUUUUUACACGGUCAGAUAUGAGCACAACGCACCUCUGAGGCCUCUACUGUAUCUGGAGUUACAACACUUACAUGAUCAAACCUUUGCUCUGGUUUCAUGCCUUUGUGGGACAGUUAGUGCCAAACUGGAGGUUUAUGGUCAAACUUAUUUCUAGACCUAGUCACUCCUGCCAUUCUAGACAAAGUAGUUUUUAGUGUUCUAGGAAUAUGGAAAUUAAUAACUGACUACAAAAUUAAUCCUUUUUAAGUGCCCAUGCCAUGAAGUGGCAGAUCUAAAACAUUCCUGUUUAAUAUCUAGUCUGUGAAAAUGAGUAGCGGCUUUUAUUUUUUAAAUCCAAUUAUUUAGAAAAGUGUUUUAAAGUUUGGCUUAAAGCAUCAAGUUAAAUCUGAUAUAGCUUUAAUAUGAAGUUAAAAUAGCUCAUUAUGAUUGCUUAAAGUAACACAAAAUAUCUUCAUGGGCAAUAAAAGAUUUAACAUGAUGUUUUAAGACAUUUUAACCUAAGAAAUUUAAAGCAGCAACCUAUUUUAUUACAUUAUGUAAUGAGUUUUUAAAGCUACCCAAAUCUGUGCAAACUACAGAAAGAUAUUGAACAUUUUUCAGAUGAAUGUAGACACAAAUAUAAUUAUAAAGUAUUGUUCAUUUUUACCAUGAUGGCCUUUAUUAGCAAAAAAAACAUUGUGAUUAAGAUUGUAUGGGUCGAUGUUUGAUGAAUGAUCAUGGAUCAUUUGAAUGAACAGUAUUAGAGAUAUUUUUGAUAUACACAAAUGAUGUAUUUUUAAUUAAAAGACUUUUGUAUGAUACAAUACAAAAUUUAACAAAGGGAAUGAGAUUUUUAGAAAAUGUGUACUUAUUUGUACUGAUCAUCCACUGUUUUGUGAGUCCUUGGCCACAAAAAAUGAAGUGCAAAGCGAUGUUUCAUCAUUUAAUUGUAUGGUACAAUUUGCAAAUCACUGUUUAAAUUGUAGUGACUGAAAAUUCUGCUUUCGAAUAAUGGAUAAAUUAUUAAAUGCAUCUUGAUCAGAUAUAAGAGUUUUGUUUAUUUCCUUUGAAACAACUGCAAUAAACACAAUGAUUCUUGAUUCUUAAA